UUUGGGGACAUGGAAAAAGUGUCAGUGAAGGAGGGAGAUUCUCUCACUCUACACACUGAUAUCACUGAAAUACAGAGGAUCUUUUUAUUGAUGUGGAUGUACAGAUCUCAAAACACUAUCAUUGCUAAAAUCGAUGGUAAAACGCAGACAGUCUCAUUAUACAAUGUUGAUGAUGGGAGGUUUGAAGACAGACUGGAGCUGAACAAUAAGACUGGAUCUCUGAGCAUCAGUGACAUCAGAACCAAACACUCUGGAGAUUAUCAUCUAAAGAUCAUCAGCAACGAGACUUUCCUCAAGACAUUCAGUGUUACUGUCCAUGAUGUGAUUUUUGCCGGGUUAGAAAACAAGAAAGAAGGAGAUUCUGUUACUCUACACACUGGUGUUACUGAUUCACAGAAACAUGAUCUAAUACAAUGGACAUUUGGACCUACAAAUCCAGACAGUCUUAUAGCUGAAAUGAAUAUUAAGAUUCAUGAGAUCACACUGAAUUCAGAUGAUAUAUUCAGAGGGAGACUACAUCUGGAAAAUCAGACGGGAUCUCUCACCAUCAGAGACAUCAGAACCUCAGACGCUGGAGUUUAUCAACUACAGAUCUCCAACAGUAAAGAAACACUAUACAAGAGAUUCAGUGUUUUUGUUGCUGUUCCAGAUCCGGGUCUGUCCACUGGUGAUAUUGUGCUGAUUUGUUUUUGUGUCCUUCUGUUAGUGGCUGCAGCUUUGGGUGUGAUGUGCUACAAGUUAAAAUACUCUAAAAAACAGAAAGAAAAGGAGACUGUGUCCGUUAAGGAGGGAAAUCCUGUCACGCUAGAAACUGGGGCAGUCGAGAUCCAGAGAGACAAAGUGCUCUGGAUGUUUGGACCUCAAGAAAUAGUCAUCGCUCAAGUCGACAAAAAUGGCAGUAACAUCUCAUACACCGAUGAUGAGGAAUUCAGAGACAAGCUACAGCUGGACCAUCAGACUGGAGAUCUGACCAUCAGCGACAUCAGGAUCCCAAUCUCUGGAGAUUAUCAGAUGAAGAUCACCAGCAGUAAAGCGACAAAAACAAAGACAUUCAAAGUUAUUGUAAGAGAGGACACAUGGAAAUUCACAGAAGGAGAAUCUGUCCAUCUGCAGACCGGUGUUACUGAAAUACAGAAAGAUGAUUUGAUACUGUGGAGGUUUGAACCUAAAAAUGCCCUUAUCGCCAAAAUCGAUGGACUGACCAAUGAGAGCAGUGUCUACGAUGAUGAUGACGGAUUCAGAGACAGAUUGGGGCUGGACAAUCGAACUGGAGAUCUCACCAUCAUGAACACUAAAAGCACUGACUCUGGAGUUUAUGAACUGCAGAUCAAGAGCAAAAAUAAAAUCUCCUACAAGAAAUUCAACGUUCUUGUUUUGCUGAACACACUGAAAUAUACAGUAGGAGAUUCUGCCACUCUACAAACUGGUGUUACUGCACUGAACAAAGAUGACCGGAUAUUGUGGAAGUUUAGUGAUGAAGACAUUUUCAUAGCUGAAAUUAACCGAGCCACCAAUCAGACCAAAUUAUACGAAGGUCCUGAUGGUCGAUUCAGAGACCGACUGCAGUUAAACCAGAGAACUGGAGAUCUGACCAUCAGGAACAUCAGCAGAGCUCAUUCAGACGUUUAUACACUUCAAAUCACCAGCGGCAAAAAGAGCACAUGCAAGAGAUUCAUGGUUAUUGCUCAUGAGAAGACUGUGUCUGGGAUGGAGGGAGAUUCAGUCAUGCUUGACAACGAUAUUGAAAUACAAAAAGAUGAUCUGUUGCUGUGGAUGUUUGGACCUGAAGACAGUCUCAUCGCUAGAGGAGAAAGAAAUAAAGCAAUUUUCAGUACAAGUUUCAGUACAAUUUACUCCACUGAAGGGAAAUUCAGAAACCGACUGAACCUGGAUCAGUCUGGAUCUCUGACCAUCACAAACAGCACAACUGAACACACUGGAGUUUAUAAACUAUUGGUCAUCAGCAGCCGAGAGACCAAAUACAAGAGAUUCAAAGUUACAAUCCGUGGGAGUGAAAGAAGUCCAGAUGGGGGGCCUGAGCAAGUGGGGACCCCAUUAAUGCAAAUUACAACACCAUAACCAUAAUAGAAAACAUUAAUUCAGAUAGUAUUGCACAUUUUAGAUGACAUUACAUACCCAAUGAGAGUGAUUGUUUUCUUAAUUAUUUAACUUUGGAGUUUGUGGAAAAGGCGACAUAUAACAGUAUUUGGUUCAACUUGUAUAUAUUUUGUUAUACAUUAAUUUACUUUACUAAAUCAGUUUGUGAGUAAAUGAACUUUAUACAAC